UUGGCUCAUUACUAUAAUAAACCCACCCACCACACACCUUCGUUAACAUCCGAUUAGAGUACCUUAACUGAACCCACCAAGUCUUCCCUCAUCAUUAUUCACAAGUCACAUCUCAUUAAGCUGGUGUGAUCGUUAUAGAUUUUUAGACGUUAAAAGAUUGUUCUUUUUCUCUCAACACGAUCAAUCUUUUGAGGAAAUGAUUGCUAACUUAUUAUGAAGGGGGUCUAUCUCUGUAAAAAUCUUAUGUUAUAGUAUAUGCUUUCAUUGUUUUUAGGAUUCCAUAAAUAGCUCGUUUCUUGUGUGUAAUUAGGAACUCUUGUGUGUAAUUCAAGUUAUUAACUAUAUAUAUGUACAGAAGCAAUGAAACACACAAAAGGAAUAAUAUACUUAUGUAUAUUAUAUGCACAUGGAAGAAAAGCGGAAGAAGUUAUAUAGGCAAGAAAAUGAAAUGAUUAUAAAUGACCCACCACCAAAAGCAAGACAUGAUUUUCUUGCCUGACACGAUCCUCUAUGCUCCACAUUAACUAAAACACACAUUUAUCUAUAAACAAACCUAUCCGUCUCUCUUUUUACAUCUCUUUGGAUUGAAUUUAUAUAUAUAAUUGGUCGGCGACGACUCUGCUUCUCAAUAGAGAAAGUUACGUCUUGAGUCUUGACAGAGAAGAUGAGCGGGAGCACAACCGGCGGUGGAGGUCCGUGCGGCGCAUGCAAGUUUCUCCGGCGGAAAUGCCUGUCGGAAUGCGUUUUCGCUCCAUACUUUGACUCGGAGGAAGGGACGUCUCAUUUCGCGGCCGUGCACAAGGUUUUCGGGGCGAGCAACGCCUCCAAGCUCCUCAUGAUGAUUCCGGAGAGCCGAAGAUUGGACGCCGUAGUCACGCUUUCUUACGAGGCAUUGGCUAGGCUUCGCGACCCCGUCUACGGAUGCGUUGGUCACAUCUUCGCCCUUCAACACCAGGUGAUGAAUCUACAGGCGGAGUUGGCUGACGUACAAACUCAACUCUCAAGCUUACAAGGCCUUGUUCAGGGGAAUCCUCAAAACAAUUCAGCGACGACAGAAGCAGCCUCUUCAUUUAAUGAGCCAAUCAUUGCUUCUGUCGUGGAUAACAAAAGCAAUACUGUGUCAUCAUCGUCGUCGUCACACAUUAACUGUAUGCAACGACAAGAACAAAAAGAAGAUUCAAGAGAGUCGGUGGAUCUGAGCACAUUGUUAGGACUGGAAGAUCCAGCAGAAGAGGAUGGUGAUCUCAACGCUCUUGCUCGUGAGUUCGUCUCUAAGUAUUUGACCGGAGGCCAAUCUUCUCCGAUCUAAACCAUAUGUACUAAUUAGGGAUCUCUUAAAUAUUUUGUACUAACCACCAAUAUGAAAAGGGCGUUAGUAGGAAGGAGUCUACUGGAUAUGGAUAUGCAGUGCAACUCACAUCUCACGCAAGACGUCGACAUGACACCCAUGUCCCCGCUCUCUCUAAUCUAAUUUUUUUUGAAUGAGAAAAAAUAAUUUGGUCCGAGUAAAGAAAAAUUGUAAUACAUAGUGCAACGUAGGAAAGCAAGCUAGGCCCAAAAGUAUAAGGCCCAAGUCAGUACCCCAAUUGGCUUCCUAAUUGUUUGCUUGCAUAGUUGCAUCCGCCCCAUUUGUCCUCUUUUUUUUUUGUUUUCAAGUCCUAAAGUAGUACGUAUGUAUAUACUAAACGUUAAUCACUUGUGUUGUUGCCUUGUUGAUACAGUAUUGGA